AUGUACAAUCUGCUGCUGUUGACACUUCUUUUACCUGUCAUUGAGUCCCUCAAAUGUGCAAUUAAUUUUAGUGGAAGGUCUAAAAGUGGUGACGAUUCGUAUUGCAUAAUUCAACUACCCAGAUCAUGCGAUACUCACUCGGUCGAGUUAACUAUUCUGCCGAAGGCAGAAGUAACGAAGUUGGUUUCCGUCGGAUGUUUCUACAACCACAUGAGUCAAGAAUUGGCGUGCUUCUGCACGGAGGACCUUUGUAAUAAGAAUAUCGAUUAUAUCAUGGAUCUCUGGAAAAAGUCGCCAUCUUAUAAACGGAGCCCGAAGUCGACUAAGUGUUUAGAAAAACUGAAGCAAACAUAUGGAGCUGAUGGAAAUAAAAAACAAGGCGGUGGCGGUGGCGGUGGCGGCGGUGGCGGUGGCGGCGGUGGAAGCAGUGGCGGUGGCGGCGAUGGAAGCAGUGGCGAUGGCGGCGAUGGAAGCAGUGGAGGUGGGGACGAUGGAAGCAGUGGCGGUGGCGGCGAUGGAAGCAGUGGCGGCGAUGGAAGCAGUGGCGGUGGCGGCUAUGGAAGCAAUGGCGAUGGUGACGAUGGAAGCAGUGGCGGUGGCGGCGAUGGAAGCAGUGGCGGUGGCGGCGAUGGAAGCAGUGGCGGCGAUGGAAGCAGUGGCGGCGAUGGAAGCAGUGGCGGUGGCGGCUAUGGAAGCAAUGGCGGUGGCGGCGGUGGAAGCAGUGGCGGUGGCGGCGGUGGCAGCGGCGGCGGUGGACGCCGUGGAGGAGGUGGCGGUGGCGGCGAUGGAAGCAAUGGCGGUGGCGGCGGUGGAAGCAGUGGCGGUGGCGGCGGUGGCAGCGGCGGCGGUGGACGCCGUGGAGGAGGUGGCAACAAUGGCGGUGGCAGCGGCGGCGGUGGACGCCCUGGAGGAAGUGGCAACAACGGCGAUGGCAGCGGCGGCGGUGGACGCCCUGGAGGAAGUGGCAACAACGGCGAUGGCAGCGGCGGCGGCGGCGGUGGACGCCCUGGAGGAGGUGGCAGCGGCAGCGGUGGACGCCCUGGAGGAGGUGAUAACAAUGGCGAUGGCAGCGGCGGCGGUGGACGUCCUGGAGGAGGACGCAAAACAACGAAGAAGACUACAAAGAAAACCGGAGGUGGUGGUGGCGACGGAUCUGGAGGUGGAGGUGGAGGAGGACGCGGAGGAGGAGGUGGAGGUGGAUCUGGAAGUGGAACUGGAGGUGGAAAUGGAGCUGGAGGCGGAGCUGGAAGUGGAGCUGGAGGCAGUGGUGGAGGUGGAUAUGGAGGUGGCGGUGGAAGUGGAGGUGAAGAUGGAGAUGAAAGUGAUAAUGGUGGUGACAGUCAUGUAAUAGGGCUCGACGGGAAAAAUAGCAAGUCAGGAGCGGACUCAUCCGAUGAUAGCUCUAUUGAUCUGAUGACCAUCUUCAUACUCCUAUUACUUGCUAUUGUCUUGAUCAUACUUGCUGUUGUUGGAGUUAUCCUUCUUUCACGACAUCAGAGAGAACAGAAGCAGAAAGCUGAAUCGAAAAAUUCAAAAAACAAAAAAGGGGGAAAAGGCGGAAAAGGCGAAAAAGGUGGAGCAAAAGCAGGAGGCAAAGGAGGCAAUAAGACGCCGGCCAAAGAACCAUAG